UUUCAUGACGUUUCCCUGCGUGGUCCAACACUUUUUCUCUCUGCCUGUGCUUUUUUAUUCCGCCCGGGUCUUCCCCACCCCCCCCUGCCCCCCGCUGUCUGAUCUGCUCCGGGUCUCAUUUAACUCUGUCCUAGCAACACAGAGCGAAUUGGACUUGAAUGCUGCACCUGGCUGUGUAUGUGGGGAAGCCAAGCUGGAUCAAGAGGUGGGCGAGCAGCGGGGAGGAUGGAGGCGCGAGAGAGCAGCUUGGGGUCGAGGUAAAACUGAGCAUCAUCAUCUUAUUGUUUAAUCCAUCAUUGAGUGAACAAUCAGCCAGCAACACCCUGCUCCAUUCCAAAAAGAAAAUCAUGAUCGGAUGAAAACAACGUGCCACAAACAGGAGAAGCACAAAAGAGAAAGAGAUGGCCAAAUUGACAGAGUCGAUGACUAGAGUAUUUGAAGAAGACUCAAUGGAGCAGGACGUGGAGAGCCCUGUCACGAUACAGCAGCCAAAGUUGCCCAAACAAGCUAGAGAGGAUCUUCCAAAACACAUAAGCAAAGUAUGUACCAAGAGAAAAAUUCAGAGGUAUGUUAGGAAAGAUGGGAAAUGCAACGUCCACCAUGGGAACGUGAGAGAGACUUAUCGUUAUCUGAGUGAUAUCUUCACUACCUUAGUCGACCUCAAAUGGAGGUUCAACCUUUUGAUUUUUGUCAUGGUUUACACUGUGACGUGGCUCUUCUUUGGAAUGAUCUGGUGGCUAAUUGCUUACAUCCGAGGUGAUAUGGAACAUAUAGGAGACAAUACAUGGACCCCAUGUGUCAGUAACCUCAAUGGGUUUGUCUCGGCCUUUUUAUUCUCAAUAGAAACAGAAACCACCAUCGGGUAUGGUUAUCGGGUCAUCACGGACAAAUGUCCCGAGGGAAUUAUUCUGCUUUUAGUUCAGUCUGUUUUAGGUUCUAUUGUCAAUGCUUUCAUGGUUGGUUGCAUGUUUGUGAAAAUAUCCCAGCCCAAGAAGAGGGCAGAAACCCUGGUCUUUUCUACCAACGCAGUCAUUUCCAUGCGGGAUGGGAAGCUGUGCCUGAUGUUCCGAGUAGGGGACCUUAGGAAUUCACACAUUGUGGAGGCAUCAAUACGAGCCAAGUUGAUCAAAUCUAAACAGACAAAGGAGGGGGAAUUUAUACCACUCAACCAGACAGAUAUCAACGUAGGUUAUUACACAGGGGAUGAUCGUCUCUUUUUGGUUUCACCACUGAUCAUCAGCCAUGAAAUUAACCAGCAGAGUCCUUUCUGGGAGAUUUCCAAAGACCAGUUGCCCAAAGAGGAACUAGAAAUUGUUGUAAUUCUAGAAGGCAUGGUGGAGGCAACAGGAAUGACAUGCCAAGCUCGAAGUUCUUAUGUAACCAGUGAGAUCCUGUGGGGUCAUCGUUUUACACCUGUCCUCACGCUGGAGGAUGGAUUUUAUGAAGUUGACUACAACAGCUUUCAUGAAACAUACGAGACCAACACACCGUCUUAUAGUGCCAAAGAACUGGCAGAGAUGGCCAGCCGAGCAGAACUGCCCCUGACUUGGUCUGUGUCCAGCAAAUUAAACCAGCACGCUGACCUGGAAACUGAAGAGAGGGGAAAGAACCACGAAGACCAAACCGAAAGGAAUGGUGACGUGGCAAAUUUAGAGAGUGAAUCCAAAGUUUGAACCAGCAGAGGUUCACCACACAACCUCUUUUCUUUUUGAUCCUUCCCUUUUUUAUUAUUAUGACAAGAAAGGAAAUAUUUAAGGUUUGAAAUGUCUACCUGCCCAAACAAAUCAAGAGAUUCCUAAAAUAAGCAAAGACGUGAGUUAAAGCUGCAAUAUCCCUUAAUGAAAUCUCUGAUCACUGCCCUUCCAAUAAUUGCAUAUUUCCUCUGGAUAAAUACAAGUUCAUGACCACAGGUGUGUUUAAAAAGGAACCAAAAAAAGGGGGCAAGGGUCAAAACUCAUUAUCUGGGAUAAUAAAAGGAAAGACUGUGAUUAAUGUUUGUUAAUGCCAUGGGCCUUGGCUCUAAUUUUUAUAUAUUUCAAGACAGUUUCAUAAACAGGAUGUGAUGCCUCCAAUGAAAAUGGGCAUUGCAGCUUUAAGACUGAGGUGAGCAGAAAAAGCUGCAGUUCGACAGGAUACUGUACAUAUGCCUUAUGUAAUUACUUGCUCUUUAAAUUUCGUAAUAAACCCAGCAUGUACAAAAGUACUGAAGUAAAGAACUUCUAGAUAAUGUACACAGAUGUGUAAUUAAUGUAGGUUUCGAUACAUAAAUCUAGAAAUAUUGGGAUGCAAAAAACUGAAUUGGCAUUUCUGGUUUAAUCUUUGGAGUAUAUUAGUUUCUUCCCUAUAUAUCUGGCCCUUUUUGUGCCCAACAUUUUCUUCAGUGUACCAGACUGGCAGCUAUUUAGAAGCCCUCUCUGUCUCCCUAACAAAUCAUUUUACGGAUUCUCAAAAGCCAUAAAAGUCUGGGGGAGGGCAGGGUGGAGAAAUUGAAACAUUACUGAGAUACUGUGAAACUGUUUACAAAAAUGAUUCUAUCUUUUGUAAUAUUAUAGGGUAAACCAUCCCUGGCUCUUUUUGGCAGUUCAGCCUGAAUUAGACUGUGGCAGACUCUUGGAAAACACAAGAAUCUCUGGUAUGCUGUUAAUACAAAAAGCAUGUUCAUGUUGGGCUAGGACCCUGUAAGUGCACUACCGUGGGAAACUAUUCUUUUUUUCCCUAAACCAUUGGAUUAAAACUAUGUAGUUUUCUAUGUAAACAGUAUAAGCCAUUAAAAAUGCUGAAUGUUAUUCAUAGGUAAGUAGGAAACACUUUUAACUACUUGGUCUGGGAAGACAUAAUUGAAUUUCAUCUAAAGUUGUCAUCAAUGAGAUUCAUUCAUCAACAUCAUUAGUACUUUGUUGGUCCUGAAAAUUCCCAAAAGACUUUCUGGCCCUAGGUAAUUUUCGUCAGGGUUUCUCAUAUAAAAACCCACUCCUGACAUCUCUAUUCAAAUGAGUGGACCCUCCCACCCUUAUUCAUAUUGGGCCAAAUCCUCAGCUGAUUUAAAUCAUUUUGAUUUGAUGCAACAGAACUAUGGUGAUUUGCCUGAUUUACAUCAGCUGAGGAUCUGGCCCAUAGAGUAGUACCUAACUUCUAUAAUACACUCAGUGUGAGGUGACUCACAGUGUAUGGUAUUAUUCAAAGUAAGGAUUGUUGCAUCAGGUCCAAUGUGCAUAAAAUAGUAUUAAUUCAAAUAAAAGACUCCCAUUGACUUCAGUGAGCUUUGGCUCUGGCCCAUAAAGAGUACCAUUUCCCUCAGUCAAGAGAAAAACAAACUGCAGCCUUAAUUUUCUUUUUGUACCUGCCUGGUCUGGAAAGGAAAAAUACACUGCACAGAAUUUAAAGGGUUUUUUUGUACAGAAGCUUUUAAAUUCAAAUAGAAGAAAAAACCUAAGGAGAAACCUAGCAGGCAGGUGGAAAUUUUGCACUGUGAUAUAUCCUUCACAUUAAUUUCACAUCUAUACACUGUUUUACUGCAAUACAAUUGCCCAUCCUUAAUUUUCAUUGAGUCGUUAAGAGUUGAUUUGGCCCCUACAGCUAAGAUUGUCUCCAGGUGGAGGUUUUGCACACUUGGAUCACACCCAUCAAAACAGCUAAGCCUCGUGUUUGCUUUAUUUCUGAAAAUUUUCCCGAACAGGUUUUCACAAAGAAGUUACUCAUACAAUUCCACAAUUUAAGCAAUUGUUCAAAAGAUGUAUUUUCAUUCCCUCCACCAGGAUGACUGAUUUCAUCAGGUAGUUACAGAUUGCUGCUUAUUUUCAUUUAGUUUGGCGAAAUAAAACUGGUUUUGCUACAGACCCUUUUAAAAUACAAUGGUAUCCUUUGUUUACUGACACAGUGUCAGAACCUGCUCAGUACUAUGGUUUAUACAGCACACCCUGGUUUUUAGGCUGUUUUUGAGAGCCAAGGAAUUCACACAGUAGAGCAGGGUGUAUGCAUGCUUCUUAAGGUGUUUUAAAGGAAGAGUCGCUCUGAAAUUUCAUUGGAGAACAGUAGUCGCACAUCAGAGAUAGUCUUCUAAGGGAGAACCCCGUAGCAAAGGUACUUGCUAAAAGUAAUGAAGCACUGCCUGCUGGGGUGUGGGGGCUCAGUCUGUGUGUGUCAGCCUGUAGUCCUAGAGUACAUGAGUUUAAAGCAAAGAACUCCUCAUAAGAUUAAUCUGCUUUUUGCUCUUGUAAUUUACUGGGCCCUUCCAUAAUCCAUCGCUGCAGUUUAAGAAGAGCUUCUCGUGUUGAAUAAAACAGCGGCUUUUAAACCUUUUUGUGCCCUUUAGUACCAAAAAUAUAGACAUUAUGCUAUUGGGGCAUGUGCAUGGGUAAGUUAUAUUUUUGUGACUAGGGCACUUAAAGCAUAAGGUCUCUGUCUCUCAUUGUUUUUGCUAUUAAUGUGGUAUGAAAUGUAAAGUUUACAAAAAAAAUCUCGUUUUUGUAAUGUAAACUUAAAAACGAAAAGUCUCCAAGGCUUUCAACUGGAAAGCUUCACAGAAACUUUGUACUAUAAUGUCCCUAUCAAACACCUCUAUUUUUCUACAAUGAUUGAUUAAGCAGUUUAACAAUGUAUUUUGUGUCAACAACUUCAACUGAACUGUUAAAAACAAUUAAGAAUUGAAUGCUGUUAAUUAACAAUGGAUUUUCAAAGCUGACCGUACCGAGUGGUGUUUUUCAUUACUACAGUAUAUACAUUUACCUGAUCAUUUUAACUCAUGUCCCUUAUUAAACCAAUAUAUUUGGAAAUGCCAAUGCCCAGUAAUAUUGUUGGCAAAUCAAAUUUAAGGAACAUAAAUAAAUAAUGUGACAUUUUUAUGUGAGUAGCUAGUUACAUAAGCAACCAAAAUCCAUCCAAAGCUCCUAUUUCUCUGUAUUUCACUGAUACACUAAGGUAUCUUUUUCUUAAAAUCUAUUGUGAAAUUGAUGAGAAAGUGACAAUAUUCAAAGAUAUAUGCAAUAUUUCAGCAACUUUUCAUACUGUUAGAUUCUGCCUACUUAGGUAGCUAGAGUACACUAGAGUACUCUAGCUUAGGUAUGCUGGAGCAGUUUCUUUGUAUAGACCCCUUCCAGAUGACUAUAGUGCAACUUUCAAUCUUUUUCCUGUAUAGUAGGGGUUUCUGGUUCAUGUUCAUUUUUCUGCACCCACAUUUUCUGGGUCAGAUCAUCAGCUGGUGUAAAUUGGCAUAGAUGUACUGACUUUAAUGGAGUUACAUGGAUUUAUACCACCUGAGGACCUGACCCUCCAUGUUUGUUUGUUUUUUAAGGCAAGUUAUGGUGUAUUAUUUUAGGAAUAAAAAUGGUAUUCCUUAAAUUACAACAAAGCUGGCCACUCUGGGAGUUGAACUUCUAGGCCCUGAUCCUGCAAAUACUUAAACAUGUGAGUAACGUUAUGCACAUGAGCAAUCCCUCUGAAGUCAAUUUGUGUGAGCAAAGUUACACACAAGUGUAAGAAUUUGCGGGUUCAAAGGCAAAGUGAGAAUGGCAGAUCUGUUAGGAUCACAGAUUCCAUCUGCAAACAAUUUUUUCAACAAUGCACAAAUUUAAGAUUUGGGGUAUUUUUGGUGUACGUUUCAUCAAAAUCUAUUUUAAAAGUUUUUGCUGAGUGGCAUUUAAAUUUGAAAGUGGAAACCCUAUUUAUAACUUUAAAAAGAAAUUUUCAUAUGUAUAAAGUGACUUUCUGAUCACAUGACAAUGAUUUUAGUCACCCUUUCUAUUUCCCACUAGGAGAAAGUUUAUACCAUUUUCUUUUAAUAAUACAAGAAAGGCAGGAGCAGAGGUGGCACUAAAUCUUAGAGUCUUAAUUCAGACUUGCUCCAAAUAGCCUUGCUGUAUUCAAGAGGCUGAGAUGUAACAACCCUUAUUUUGUGCCUAGUGGGGAUUUCUAAAUAAGAUACAAUGGAAAAAUGUAUUUCAGUAUUUUCUUUUCUCAAUACAUCUUUGCUUUCAGGUAGUUUUGAAGAUGGUUUGUCUUCUGAAAUUCUGAUACUAUGUGACAUCAUUCUGAUAACAUGAUGCAAAUCAUAUAUAAUAGAAGAAAUACAGCUGGACUCUCACUAUGAGCAGGGGCAGAUUAGGGUUUUUUGGGGCCCCUGGGAUUCCCCCCCCACACACACACACCCCUCUCACGGUGCUCCUGCCAGGGAAAUGGGUCAGGGCACAGGGGCUUACCCCAUUCCACAAGCUUGGCACUCCUGCUGGGGAGUGGGGUCAGGAGCUUUCCCCAUUCCGCAUGGCAUUCCAGCUGGGGAGUUGCAUCAGUGCAUGGGGGCUUGCCCCGUUCUGCCCACCCACCUGCCCCCAGUGCCGGGUAGGCAGAGCAGGGAAAGCCCCCAUGCUCCAAUCCCACUCCCCAGCUGGAGCACCAGGCAGGCGGAGCAGGUUAGGGUGUGGAGACACCCAUUUUUCUGGGGCUCCCCAAUUGGCCAGGGCCUCUGGGUAUGGGCCCCGUUGGCCCGGUGACUAAUCCAACAUUGACUAUGAGGAAAGGGAAUGACAUUAAUGACAGUUGGGGGAACUAUUUGACACAGAUUUGGACUUUGUGAACUAAAUUCUUCUUAAUGCAAGAGCCUAAGGAUCUCUCUUGUUUAGCUUAAAGGAUUGUGUUUCAUGCCCCGGACAAAAAUUUAAACUAAAUAUUAAAAAUGUAGACACUAAAAUAUAUCCAUCUUACCUCUCUCCCACCCACCACUUCAAACUCCACUGGGUUUCCAGAAUCACUUGUAUGGGUGAUUAUAGCGUGACUGAGUCCUGCUUCACCAUUAGCAGAUGUGUUGUAAGCAAGACACGAGAAGUCAUUCUUCCACUCUACUCCAUGCUGAUUAGGCCUCAACUGGAGUAGAGUGUCCAGUUCUGGGAGCCACAUUUCAGGAAAGA